AUGGCUCGCGCACUAGUACUCUUGGACAACAAGUUCACUAGCCUAUCUCAACUAGUUGCAAGCCAUUCGAGGAAAUGGAAGCGCAAGUGGAGAGCAUGUUAUGGCUAUGGCGAUGAACAUGACCCUGUUAUUCAACUCAAUAAUGAAGAGAUUGAUCAGAGUUACUAUUUUGGAGAAGCUGAUCCAAACACAUGCAGUGGUGAAGUCUCUGUAAUCUGGAAGAAAAAUAUAAUCAUGGGAGGAAAAUGCCAGCUUCCUCAAUUUUCUGGUGUCAUAAUUUAUGAUACUGCUGGGAAUUUAGUUAAUCCCAAAACUCCACGCCCUCUUGCACUUCCAUGGAAAGAAUAA